AUGGGCGAGACGGGGAAGCGGCCUCGCAGCGCGAGGGAGAUGGAAAGCAGCGACGGGCGGAGUCAGUUUAAGAGGCUCAGCAAGGAGAACCCAAACAACGGAGAACUGGUCGUUUACCGCUUGCUCUGCCCGGACAACGUUGUAGGGAGCGUCAUUGGCAAGGGCGGGAAGGUGAUCAACUCGCUGCGGCAGGAGACACACGCGAGGAUCAAGAUCGUCGACCCUUUCCCUGGCUCUAACGAGAGAAUUGUUACCAUCUAUUGCUACGUCAAUGAGAAGAAGAACGUGAUGGAUGAGGACGAUGCGGUGCCACUCUGCCCCGCCCAGGACGCCCUGCUGAGGGUGCAUGGGACGAUCUUCAAUGCACUGUCCAACAUCGGAGACUCGGAAGACCAACGGAGGGAAGAGGCCCGUAUUCUUGUGCCGGCCAGCCAAACAGCGAACAUCAUUGGAAAAUCCGGGGCGACCAUCAAGAAGCUGAGGGCCAAGACCAGGGCCAAUAUUAAGGUCAUUCAGAAGAAUCCAGAGGAUCCCACCCAUUCCUGUGCGAUGAGUUUUGACAACUUCGUCUCGGUAAUAUUUUUGGACUCUCUGCUCUGAGCCUGUUGGCUCUGCUUGAUGCUUCCCUGAGCGGAAGAUAGUUGUGAUCUUGUGGUCAUGAAUAGAUCCUCGCAGGGAUUUUUUUUUGGAUGAAUUCUUUUCAUUUGAAACCUGUAUUUGGGGAAUUUUGUUUUAUAUCUGAAUAUCAAAUCUUAAUACCCCCUAAAGGGAAGUUUCAAUGCUUUACCUUAGAGAUGCGCUGUACUUAUCUUGACUUGUACAAAUGAUGUUUUUCUACAAUGAUUGUCAAAAAAGGAUAUCCUAAAUAUGUGAAGAAAUCAGUCAUUGAAUAAUGAUAGUGGGUGACUUACUUGCUAAUGCGAUAAGAUUUGUUUUCCAAUGAUUGUGGGCAACUUACUUGCAGGCAAAAGCUGAAGAACAAAUCGUUCAAGUGUAAUGAUUAUAACGAACUUACGUUCGUUAAGUCCUUGUCAUAAAAUGUGUCCAGUAAAGCCUAGAUUUCUGCCAUGCUACUGGGUCCAAAUGACCUGCGAACCAACGAAUCAAAUCUGUUGUCAUUUCAGUACGCCUACGAAAUAUUUUGGUCCCUUCAAUCUUCUUUUGAUGCUCUCGCUUUUUGAAUCACAAAACAUUGCAUUUGUUCACUUUUGUUUUACUUCAUGGUUCAUAUUCAGUCAUUCCUAUUGUGAUCCCCUCUCAAUUCUUGUCUAGGUAUGCUGGUUAUCGUGAACUCUUUGUCUUUUCCUUCCAUUCUGGUUUGCAUCAAUUGCUCUGUGGCUUCUUAUCCCUCUUGUAUUCCCUCUGCUUGUGCAGAUUUCUGGUGAUGAAGAAGCGGUGAGGAGAGCCCUUUUUGCGGUCUCUGCAAUCAUGUACAAAUUCUCUCCAAAAGAAGAGAUCUCCCUUGAGACUACUCUGCCUGAGCUUGCGCCCAGUGUCAUGAUGCCCUCGGAUGUCCCAAUUUUCCCAGGUGGAAGUAUUUUUCCUAGUGCAGAUACAAUUGUUCCUCCCCCGAGAUCCUCACUGCCUAUGAUGGGAGCCCCCACCCAUGUGCCUGAAUUCCAUGGAUAUGGUGAUGGUGGGGGUGGAUGGCCAGGGUAUCCACCUGCCAUCCCUGUCCUUCCCACCUUUAGUGGCCCUCGCUUUGAGGAGCUUGUGGUUCGGGUACUGUGCCCAUCGGACAAGAUUGGUCGUGUCAUCGGGAAAGGAGGCAGCUCGAUUAAGAGUGUGCGUCAAGCUAGUGGGGCCCGUGUGGAUGUUGAUGACACAAAGAACAUGUCGGAACAAUGUGUCGUAACUGUCACUUCUAGGGAGGUAUGUGGAACCGACUUACUUCCUGCUUUUCACUUCUAGGGAGGGAGAUAUGUGGAUGAAUUAUUUCCUGCCUUCAUGAAGAUGGGCGGUUUUUUAAUUUAUCUGUAAUUGGCGUUCAAUGUGGGCUUUUAACAGUGCACGGAUGAUCAGAAGUCAGCGGCAGUGGAAGCUGUGCUGCUUCUUCAGGGGAAAAUCAACGAUGUGGAUGCUGAGACUGUAGAAAUCUGUCUCCUCGUCCCUUCAAAGAUCAUCGGAUGCCUCAUUGGAAAGAGUGGCUCAAUUGUUAAUGAGAUGCGCAAGACAUCCAAGGCGGUGAUUCGCAUCUCCAAGGGCGAUAAACCCAAAUACAGUGGAUCCGAUGAUGAGCUCGUCGAGGCAAGCGUCCUCCUCCCUUUGAAGCCAUCUUAUCCUUUUUUUUUUCACAGGUUCUUUUCUUGGCUGACCAUCGGUAAUCACUCUCCUCAGGUGCAGGGCAACGCCAGUUCUGUGAGGGAUGCUCUUGUGCAGAUUGUUCUUAGGCUUAGGGACGCUGCUUUGAAAGAGAGGGAGGACGGUGGUCAGAGUGCUCCUCCAGUAGAGACUCUCUAUUCCAGCGGACAUGCAGUGCCCUCAGUGAUGCCAAGUGUUCCCAAUGUUGCUCCCCCGGCUCCUCCUUUUGGCUCUGAGCCGAGAAUGGAUGGUGUGGGCGGGGUGGGAAUGCUUUCGGGUGGCACAAUGUAUGGAUAUGGCUCUUUGCAGGUAGUCCCAUGCUGUGGGAAGCCACAUAUUUCCAUGUGUGUGUAUGUUAUCAUGCCAUGCCUGAUUCAGUGUUUCCUUAUUUGGUUUACUAUGCUCUGUCUCUUGUGCAGGGUGGAGACAAUGGUUAUGGGCCUCUGCCCUCGUAUUUAUCGCAACCAUACGGAGGAGGGUAUGCAAUCUCUCAGGACUGUAGCAUUUCGUCACUUUGCCAACUUUUUAAACUUUGAUAACUCUAUUUUACAUUUUCUGAUUAUUUUUUUUUCCUGGUUAAACACAAAUGACGCAGUCCCUAACUGCCUAAUUUUGCAAUGUUUAGGCCUUCAUAUAACUAACUACCUAAUUUUGACGCAGUCCCUUUGUCAAGUUUUUCUUUUUUCAUAGAUUUUAUGCAUACACGUGAUACGUAUAGGUAUGAACAUGUACUAGUAUUCGCACACGUCUGCAUGUAUAUCUAUGCAUAAACCUGGAUGCUUUCCGGCAUAUAGUUAUGCUUCAAUCAAUCCAGUGCGAGGGUUUCUCUUUUGAUGCUCAUGUCUUAUCUCAUAGAUUGCCCCCAUUCGUCGAGAUGGUGAUCCCUGCCAGUGCCAUUGGCAAAGUGCUGGGAAAGGGCGCGACGAAUCUGGCAAACAUACGGAAGGUGUGUUUCUCUGACAGCUAUGAUGGGAAUCCAUUAAUCUUGUGUGAUGUCGCCAUUGCCCGGGGAAAUCGGAGUUACUGUAUAAUUCACUUCUUCUAUGGGUGUAUAUUUAGAUCUCUGGGGCAAAUGUGGAGGUGGUCGAGUCAAAGACUUCUCGUGGCGAGCGUGUUGCUCAGAUAUCCGGCACAGCAGAGCAGCGGCGCACUGCAGAGAACUUAAUUCAGGCGUUCAUCAUGUCCUCUUGA